GAGAAUGCGCAGUGGUGACACCAACCCAGAAUGCGAAUGUUGUUUAGUUAUUGUGUUUAUAAAAUCGGUGCAGAGUUUCGUUGGAUUACUCACUUUUGUUGUUGAUUUAGAAAGUUUAUUAUAAUUUCUGGCACUCAAAUCUUUGAACUCAUUGUCGUGAAAUGGACGUUAAACCGAAUGUGAUCGAUGUGAUCGGUAAAGAGAUUCUCAACUAUGCGCAAGACAAACCGAACGGAUUGUCAAACGAAGAGCUGGUGGAAGUGAUGCCAAACAUAACGCAAGAGCAACGAGUCAAUGCGGUGAACAAAUUGAUUCAACAAGGACAAAUCGAAAUACUGAAGAAAAACAACAGUCUGCUGUAUCGCAUAAAAGAUCCGACGAAAAAGUCUGUCGUUCCGAAAGGGGCCGACAAUGAAGAGAAAAUCGUUUACAGUAUCAUUGAGGAGGGUGGCAAUAAGGGCAUCUGGAUUCGAGACAUUCGUGUGAAAUCGAAUCUGAUAAUGACACAGUUGAAUAAGAUACUGAAAAAUUUGGAGAACAAGAAACUGAUUAAGGCAGUCAAAUCGGUUAACGCUAGCAAGAAGAAAGUGUACAUGCUGUUCAAUUUAGAGCCAGAUAGAUCGGUUACAGGCGGAGCAUGGUAUCAAGAUCAGGACUUUGAAGCCGAAUUUGUAGACGUAUUGAAUCAGCAAUCGUUACGAUUUCUACAAAUGCGCAAAACGGCAGCAAAGGAGCUGAAAGAAGGACCGUUGGCUGCAAUGAAAUUCGCUUGCUGCAGCGUACAGGACGUACACAAAUUCAUAUCCGAAUUAGGUAUCAGUAAGGUAAAUCUGGAUGAGGACGAUCUGGAAACCAUAUUGAAGACAGUUGUAUACGAUGGUAAAGCGGAACGUAUCGUUCAAAUGGACGGCAAAAGUCUGUACAGAGCGAUUGACAGUCCAUUGGUGACUGUACCUGGCUUAGUUCAAAUGCCUUGUGGUAUUUGUCCAAUCAUAAAAAAUUGUUCCACAACCGGCGAAGUGACGCCAAAAUCGUGUCAGUACAUGACUGAAUGGCUUGAAUAAAAUAGAUUGUAAAUUUAAA